UAUCUCUAAUCAAACAUUCCUGGCAACCAGAUUCCAUCGAAACCUUUUUCCACCCCCAAAAUCGAUUCGUAGGGUUUCUUCUGUUUUUCUCUUAAUCCAAACAUGGCUCCAGCCAUCGAUGAAGGAGGCAUAGAAAAGGUGCUGAUGACUCCAACAAAGCAUAAUCAAAAUUCUAACCCUCUUGGUGAGGCAUCCCCUUCACCAUCUCCAUCUGCUGCGACUCCACCAGCACUGGUACUUUCGAAUUCUGGGAAGAGGAUGGAUCAGGCUGGGAAGAAAAAGUACGUCAAGCAAGUGACGGGUAGACAUAAUGACACAGAGCUUCAUCUAGCGGCCCAAAAGGGGGAUCUGGCAGCUGUGAAGCAAAUCCUUGAUGACAUUGAUUCGCAAAUGGUGGGAACUUUAAGUGGGGCUGAUUUUGAUGCAGAGGUUGCAGAGAUUCGUGCCUCAGUGGUGAAUGAGGUGAAUGAGUUGGGACAAACAGCACUCUACACGGCUGCUGAGAAGGGUCAUCUUGAGGUUGUGAAGGAGCUGUUGAAGUACUCCGAUAAAGAAACAAUCAUGAGGAAAAACCGGUUGGAGUUUGACACUUUGCAUAUAGCUGCUAGUCAAGGACACGAUGCCAUAGUCCAAUUACUACUUGAUCAUGACCCAUCACUCUGCCAAACGAGAUCCCAAGGGAACGCAACCCCUCUCAUCACUGCAGCUACAAAAGGACACACUGCUGUUGUUAUGGAGCUGCUGUCAAAGGAUCGUAGUUUGUUAGAUAUUGCUAGAUCCAACGGAAAAAAUGCAUUGCAUUUAGCAGCUAGAUCUGGGCAUGUCGAGAUUGUGAAGGCUUUACUCGAAAAUGAUCCACUACUGGCCAGAAGGACAGACAAGAAAGGACAGACUGCAUUGCAUAUGGCUGUAAAAGGGGUUAGCAGCGAGGUUGUGAAAUUGCUACUGGAGGCUGAACCGGCUAUAGUUAUGCUUCCAGACAAGUCUGGUUUUACUGCAUUGCAUGUAGCUACCAGAAAAAAGCGAGCAGAGAUAGUAAACGAGUUGCUUAGCCUCCCUGAUACCAGUGCUAAUGUCAAUGCAUUGACUAGAGAUCACAAAACUGCUCUUGAUAUAGCUGAAGGGAUUCCCUUAUGUGAAGAAUCUACGGAUAUAAUAGCCUGCCUUACUCGCUGUGGUGCAGUCCGAGCAAACGAACUGAACCAACCAAGAGACGAGUUAAGAAAUACUGUGACUCAGAUAAAAAACGAUGUCCAUACCCAACUGUUGCAAACUAAAAAAACAAACAAGAAUGUCCAUGGAAUUGCUAAAGAGCUCAGAAAGCUCCAUCGUGAAGGGAUUAACAAUGCCACCAAUUCAGUAACUGUGGUGGCUGUGCUUUUUGCAACCGUUGCAUUUGCUGCUAUUUUCACGGUCCCUGGUGGUGACGAUAAUGACGGAAUGGCUGUGGUGGUGAACCGGGUUUCUUUCAAAAUCUUCUUCAUCUUUAAUGCCAUUGCCCUUUUCACUUCUUUAGCGGUGGUGGUGGUUCAGAUUACGUUGGUUAGAGGUGAGACAAAAGCGGAAAGAAGGGUGGUUGAGGUGAUCAACAAACUGAUGUGGUUGGCUUCUGUGUGCACUUCAGUGGCUUUCAUGGCUUCUUCUUAUAUAGUUGUUGGUCAAAAGUAUGAAUGGGCAGCCAUUUUGAUUACAGUUGUGGGAGGAGUUAUAAUGGCAGGGGUUCUUGGAACCAUGACCUAUUAUGUGGUUAAGUCCAAGAAAACUCGAUCAAUUAGAAAGAGGGAGAAGAAGAGUGGUUCAAACUCAUGGCUACACUCUGAAAACUCGGAAGUUGACAGAAUCUAUGCGAUAUGAGGAUUCUUUGAUGCCAUAACAAGGUAGAACUGGAUACUUGGGAGUCAGAGGAGAACAGUGACUGAUAAAUGAUUUCAAAGAGUUGGGGUAGCCCUUGAUAAAUUGUAUUCUGACUCAUAAAUUUCAGAUCUUCAAUGUAUACUACUUACUAUUCAUGGGUACUUUUUGUACCUUUCAUGACCAUAUUUCAAUCGUAUGCUGCCAUACACACAUCAAGGGUGGUUCGUCGAUAGAGGUGACCAGAAAACCAGUAUCUGAUUCUGGAAAGUUUGACCGGGGAAUCUCUGAGUUAACUGGGGACGGGGAAUCCAUGAAUUUAGAAACUGAGGAUUGGCAACCCGAAUACGAUGCUUUUGUAGUAUAAAUAAUAAACGAUACGUAUGAUACUAUAUGCUCCCUCAUUAUGAUUUUAUGACUAUUUUUUGUUUGAUAUA